AAAAAUGAGCCGGCGCUGCUCGCAUUGCAGCCACAACGGACACAACUCCAAGACAUGCCCCAACUGCGAGGUCAAGCUCUUCGAGGUGCGCUUGACGGACGGGUUGAUCCGGAAGAGCGCCAGUAUGCCGGGUCAAAUUCCAGUGCGCAUAACUCAAACGGGUCAGGUUCGCCUGGGGAGGGACAUGAUCAUGCCGACAGUUAUGCCUCUGAGGAUUUUGUUCUAGGAAUCAGAUUCACAAUUUCUGUUUCUUUAAACGCCAUCACUGCUGCUUCCUCCGGUGUUAUCCUCGCUAUCCAUGGCGCCAUCACCUCCACCAUCACUCACGUCGCCGUCACAAUCGUUGCCAUUGCCUCGGCAAUUGUUUGUGGUUGUUUGUGGAGAAUCUCUGUUUCUCUCAAGAACGAGCUAGCCACUGGUUAGAGCUUCAUUUUUGUUCUGUUUUUUCGAACUUUUAUGGUUAAUUCUUGGUCCUGAUUUUGCUACUUUUCUUUGUCUUGAUGGAGCUAGAAUUUUUGGUUCUCUUUAAAUCAGUUCUCGCUGGUUUCUGUGCUGAUUUCGCUAGCACUUUGGGUUAUGGUUUGCUACAGAUCGAGUCUGCGGUGGUUCGGUACUGUUUCUUUUUGAUUUAUUCGCAUCCACGUGAUUUGUCUUGAUUUGGUGAAAUUCGAAUGCGUGUAUUCGAGGUUUUUUUGUUGGAUUGUGAUUUAGUUUCUCUUUUGUUGUGUUUCAGUGGUGUCGGAGGAGUUAUUUAGGUUUGAGAAAAACCCAGAUUUGGGUUUGAUUUGGAGAGGAAGAAGAAGUAACAAGAGAGAGAAAGUGAAAGAGGAAGAAGAGAUGAUAUGGCAACUUUUCCGCAGAUGUGCCUUGUUUAAUAUGAUGGAAUGAUUUGUAUUGCUUUUUUUAUUAUCAUCAGCUUCAUUAGAUCGUUAAUUUAUGUGAUGAAACCCAGAUCUGGGUUUGAGAAAAACCUAGAUCUGGGUUUGAGAGAAAAACCCAGAUUUGAGUUUUGAGAGAAAAACCCAAAUUUGAGUUUUGAGAGAAAAACCCAAAUUUGAGUUUGAGAAAGGAAGAAGAAGGGAGAAGAAAGAGAGAGAAUAAGAAGAAGAAUGAGCAAAAGUAAACACAUUAUUUUUUU